AUAUUGAUAAAUUUAUCAAGGAAACAAUUUAUAAUGCAAAAUAUUAUUAUGAUGAUUAUUAUAAUGGUGAUAGUUAUAGUAAUGAUGAUAUUAAAGAUAGUAAUUUUCCAAUAUUUCUUGAAUGGGUACCAUUUGUAUAUUCUGCAAUAUGGAUUAAUGGUAGAUCAAAAUAUGAUAAACAAGAUGAUGGAAGUUGGGAAAAAAGAGAAUCUGAACCUAUGAGGGUCGCUUUGAAAAGAUUGAAUAAUUCACAAAAUAUUUCUGCUGAAUAUUUAAAUGAGCUUAAAACACAUUGGAAUUAUAAUAAGUUACAAUGUGAUGUCUUAAAAUUUUAUGGUAUGACAAAGGAUCCGGAAACCAAGGAAUUCAUGAUGAUUAUAGAAUUUUCAGAAAAGGGAAAUUUAAGAAGCUUUCUUUUAAAUGAUUUUAUCAAUAUUACGUGGGAAGAUAAAAUUUAUUUUUUAUCUAAAUUAUCAUAUGACCUUCAAAGUUUACACAAAUUAGGAUAUUGUCAUAAGGAUUUUCAUAGUGGAAAUAUAUUACAAAUUUAUGAUGAUGAAGUAGAAUCUUAUGUUACUUACAUUUCAGAUUUUGGAUUAUCUGGACCAUCAAAUAAGCAAAAAACGGAUGUUAAAAUAUGUGGCGUAUUACCAUAUAUUGCACCAGAAGUAUUAAAUGGAGAGCCGUAUACAUUUUCUUCUGAUAUCUAUAGUUUUGGUGUAAUUAUGACAGAGUUAUCAUCUGGAAAACCUCCUUUUUAUAAAAGAAAACAUGAUAUUAACUUAGCAUUGGAAAUAUGUAAUGGACUCAGACCAGAAUUUGGAAAAGGAACUCCUGAAAUUUAUAAGAAAUUAGCUUAUAAAUGUAUGAGCGCUAAUCCUGAUCAAAGACCAACAGCAGAUGAAUUAUAUGAGGUAUUAUAUUUUUGGUAUAGUUACGAUCAAGAAAAAAAAUUUGGUUAUGAAGGAAAAGAAAUUAGAGACAUGUUUGAAAAAGCUGAUAAGGAGAUACCAAAUAUUUCAACUUUGUAUGAAAAGGAUCCUGAUGCUAUUUACACUGGUAGAGUUUUUACAUUCGGUUAUUUAUCAAAACCCAUUAAUUCAUCUGUUAUUACUUCUUACCUAAGUGAUGAAAGUGAUAAUAAAGGAUGCCAAGAUUCACAACUAAUUGAAUUAGAAGUUUCUAGUUCAUUAUAAUAAAAUAAAGUCGUAUGCGAUCUGAUGACAAAUAAUUGAAUAAUGUUUAAAAUCACAGUUUCUUUGUUUCUUUUUUAUUUGUUCGUGUAACUUUGAGUUUAGAAAUAUUGAUAUUAUUUUUUCUGUGUCAAAAGAGGUCUAUAAAAGCCACGUUAUAAAUAUGGAUGUGUUACAUCGUGACAACUAAUAUCUAAGUGAUCUAAUCCUAUAGAAUACAUGUUUCUUUAUUUUAAUUAUGGCUUAUUAAUAAUUUAAUAUAAGAUGAUUUAAUGCUACAAUAAAUUGACAUUAUACGUAAAAAAUUAUUUAAUGCUUUAUGAACAUGUUACAAUUGUUACAUGAAAAAAAUCAGAUCCGUUUGUAAUAGGUCUUUGACCGUUUCCA